AUGCUCUCUCCCGCUUUCUCUCCCUCACACACACACACGCAUGCUCUCUCCCGCUCUCUCUCGCUGUGCACGGCCAGCAUGCUGCUGACCGUGCUCUUCGUGGUGCUCACCGUCCUCGGCGUGUGCGGCAACUCGGCCGUGCUCGUCGCCUUCUCGCAACUGCGCCGCCCGUCUCCCGCCGACGUGGUGGUCAUCGGCAUGUCAGCGACGCACCUGCUCUCGUCCGUCUUCAAGAACACGCCGUACGUGCUGACGUCGCUCGACUCGCUGGCGCUGGGCGACGGCGCCUGCAAGGCGCUCCUCUACUCCGUCAACGUCCUGCGCUCCUGCAGCCUCGCCUUCACGGUGAUCCUCAGCGCGCUGCAGCUCGCGCGAGUCGAGCCCCGCGGCCGCCCGCGCCGCCUCUCCGCCGCGCUCUCGCGCCUCCUGUCGGGCCGGCGCGGCGGCGGCGCCGCCCGCCUCGUGGGGGCCACGUGCGCCCUCUGCGCGUUGGCGUCGGCGCCGCUGCUGGCGCUCGACGUGCGCUCGCGAGGCGACGGGCGGGCCGGCGGCUUCCUGCACAUCUCGGGCUGCGUCGUGACGCCCUCCGACGGCGCCGCGGCCUUCCUGGAGGCCUCCAACGUCCUCGACGUGGCGGCGCUCGCCACCCUCCUCGCCGCCAACGCGCUGGUGCUCGGCUUCGUGCUGCGGCACCGGCGGCUGGUGGCGCGGAACCGGGGCUGGGUCGGGGGCGCCGGCAACGCGGCCGCCCUCAACGCGGCCAAGGUGAUCGCGUGCCUCAUGGUCGUGGCGUUCGUCUGCUGGGGCGUCAACGUGUGCAUGCGCUUCACCGUCGUGCAGAGGCUGAGCGCCGAGUGGACGAGCACGCAGGCCGACGUGCGCGCCUUCUUCACCUCCGUCUACUACUCCCUCAGCCCCUUCAUCAUCAUCUUCGGGCGCUCGUCCAUCCGCGGGAAAGUCGCCCGCGCCGUCCGCAGGUGCCCGUGCGUCGGCCCGCAGCGCACGCGGGUCCUGCGGCUGGCGGUGGUGGACGGGGGGAGGGGCAACAGGGUGUGGCCGGGGGUGGCGGCGUGCUGA